CUUAGUCUCUUCUUGUUCUACCGAGUAUUUAUACCCGUCCUUCAGUCAGUCACGGCACAGAUCAUCGGUGACCCUUCCUUACACGGAGACGUCUGGUCUUGGCUGGAGUUCAUCCUCACCUCCAUCUUCAGCGCGCUCUGGGUCCUGCCCCUCUUCGUGCUCAGUAAGGUGGUCAAUGCCAUCUGGUUCCAGGACAUCGCGGAUCUGGCCUUUGAGGUUUCCGGCAGAAAGCCUCACCCCUUUCCCAGCGUCAGUAAAAUCAUUGCCGACAUGUUGUUCAACCUCUUGUUGCAGGCGCUUUUCCUCAUCCAGGGAAUGAUCGUGAGCCUCUUCCCCAUCGAUAUCGUCGGGCAGCUGAUCAGCCUCCUCCACAUGUCGCUGCUCUACUCGCUCUACUGCUUCGAGUACCGCUGGUUCAACAAAGGAAUUGAAAUGCACCAACGGUUAUCCAACAUCGAGAGGAACUGGCCCUAUUACUUCGGCUUCGGCUUACCGCUGGCUUUUCUCACUGCCAUGCAGUCCUCUUACAUCAUCAG